CCAAAUUGACUCUGACGCAUGACUGACUGAACUGAAGAAGGCAGUCUGCAGGCUGGGCGCUGCACCUGAGCAUUCCCCUCACCAUCUCACACACUUUCUGCUGCUUUAAUUAAUGAUUUAACAUUUAAUUUAACGCCUGCCAUGUUCAUCCCACCUCCCUCAGUUUUAGCAGAGCAAGAUAGGGAGUGCGCGCUUCUUGUUUUCUCUUUUUGAACAGGGUUUAAUCAAAAACAAAAACAGUGAUUUAUUUUGUCUUCUGUGUGAUUUUCUAGCAGUGAUUUUGGAGUCCCUUGCUUUUGUUUUAAGCCAAAAGAAACCGCGAAGCUCUCGAAAGAUUUCUGCUCUUUCUUUUUCAUUUUUUCCUUUUUAGGGACUCCAUAAGUAUUCUUUGCUUCUGGUGCUGCUGUAACUGCACCAACCUCAAUUCCUUCCCCUUCGGAUUGAGGUCUCAAAGCGGUUUUUCAACCGCUUCGACCUCAAACCGCAACCCCUUCUGAGAUUCUUCCUUAAAUUCAUACUUUUACCCCUGCUUCCAUUUUCAUUUGGUACUGGUGGAAAUGGGAAUUGCGAUUCUUGGGCAUGUGGGUUUGCAGAGAGAGUUUUUAGUUUCAGGUUUCUUGUCUGUGUGAUGCUAAUUGCCAAGUGGGUUAAAAAAGGGUGUCUCUUGUGUUCCGGGCAGGGUUUUGGGUUUGACUCUGUGAUGGGUUUGGAGUGAUUUGGGAGAUCUGCGAGUUAGGUGCGGAGAGACAUGGAGCCUCCAGUGGGGGUGUUGGCUACUCUCUGGAAUUUUCUCUUUUUCUUGCCUUUCUUCAUUGGGCUUCUUCUUCUGGGCAUCAUUAAAGGUGAGUACCGAUCAAUUUGUUCUUUGGUUCAGUUCAGGGGUUGUUUCAAUUCAUUUCUUUCCAAGAAUUUGAAGAUUGCGAGCGCUUUGUUUCUUUCCUUUUCUGCUGCUGUUUUCCUUCUACUUUGAAUUAUUUAGUUUUCCUGCCUCAACUGCGUGUAUGAGCUUUGGUAUGCCUACCUGUUUUUGUCUGCAAGUAUUUGCAAAUAUCAAUUUGUCUACUGAAGAUUCAAUCCCUCAAUUGAAUGUUCGAGAUCUAAAUACAAUUCAUUUAUAGUCUGUCUACACUAAACAAAACACCCAGUACACAAAGCUCUUGCACCAAUCUGGGUCUGAGAGAGAGACAGAGAGAGAACAUGAUGCACCCGGCCUUAACUCCUCCUGUGCCCUUCUGGCCUGAGUGUAACAUUCUCACCAUUGUGAAAUGUGAAUCACUUUAAGGGAAUAUUUAUAAAAUAAUAUAAAUAUUUCUUACAACCAUUUGGUCAGGCUCGCCCUCUAUAUUCUGUCUACACUCUACAGAAUAUUUAGUCCAUGAAAUGUUUGAGAAUUACUCCGGUUCAUAUCUUUGUAAAUAGUUUCUGUAUUUUCGCUUUUCCGUAGUUGGUACGUUUUCUUGAAGUGUUUUAGAAUAAAGCGGUUAUCUUGAUUAUGUAUGAAAAAAUUGCAAACAGUAUUAUGCUCUCUUCUUCUCUUUCUUGGUCUCAACAACUACCUUCUGUGCAGAAAUGGAACUUUCUUGCUUGUCAUCCCACCCCCUUCCCCCUUUUUUUUUCGGGUGGAGUACUUGCCUGGUUACACGAUUUGAUUGUUGUUGUUUCAAUUUGUUUGCUAAGAUGUAAUUUAUUGUACUGAACUUUUUAUUACAGGGAUUGUUUUCUGCCCAUUGAUAUGCCUUAUUAUGUCAAUCGGAAACACUGCAAUUAUUGUGGGUCUUUGGCCAGCGCAUAGUAUCUGGACAUAUUAUUGCAUUGUGAGAGCUAAACAAUUAGGGCCCAUUUUGAAGCUUGUUCUCUGCAUAUGCGUCACUGUUCUCUUGAUUUUGUGGCCACUGGUUGGCAUUGUUGGGAGUAUAAUUGGUGGUGCUGCAUAUGGGCUUUUUGCGCCAAUAUUUGCCACUUUUGAAGCAGUUGGAGAAGGGAAGACUAAUGAAUUUUUCCAUUGUAUCUAUGAUGGAACUUGGACCACUGUCCAAGGGACUUGUACCGUCAUCAGGGAUUUUAUGGAUGUUUGUUUCCAUUCCUAUUUCUCACUUAUGGAUGACUUGCGCCGCCAAGUGCCACCUGAUGGCAAACGUUAUGAGAUCAGAUUGCUUCAUCUUCCUGGUGCUAUUAUAGCUGGGGUACUUGGCGUCAUGCUUGACAUGCCAAUUAUUUCACUCAUUGCCCUAUUCAAGAGCCCUUAUAUGCUUUUCAAGGGGUGGCACCGUUUGUUUCAUGAUCUUAUAGGUCGAGAAGGCCCAUUUUUGGAGACUAUAUGUGUGCCAUUUGCAGGUCUUGCCAUCUUGCUCUGGCCAUUGGCUGUUGUGGGUGCAGUAUCAGGUUCUGUGGUAUCAAGCAUCUUCCUAGGUUCUUAUGCUGGAGUGGUUGUUUAUCAGGAGUCCUCUUUUUGGUUGGGGCUUUGUUAUAUCAUUGCUUCGUUAUCCUUGUUUGACGAAUACAGCAAUGAUGUUCUUGACAUGCCUGAAGGGUCCUGUUUUCCUAGGCCUCAGUUUAGAAAAAGGCCUGAAGCGCGAACUAGCACACAUUCAAGUUCCUUUUCGAGGCCCAACUCUUUCAAAAACCCCCCUUCUCAUACUGCUUCACUUAAGGGUUCCGUGAUUGAGUUGAGGCCACUUGAGCUAUUUGAUAAUGUAUUUAGGGAGGCUCAACGCCAUGGGGAAACCAUGGUUUUUGGUGGACUAAUAACUAAGGAAGACAUUGAAGAUUCCAAGUCUAAAAAGGCUAACAGCAAAGUAAUAAGGAUUGGCUUACCAGCUUAUUGCCUCCUUCAGGCACUCCUCCGCUCUGCAAAAGCCAACUGUACUGGUUUGCUAUUGAGUGACAAUGUUACUGAGAUUACUAGCACGAACAGACCAAGAGAUACGUUCUUUGAUUGGUUUCUUAAUCCCCUCUUGAUCAUUAAAGACCAGAUCAAAGCUAUAAACCUUUCAGAGGCUGAAGAGGACUAUCUUGGCAGAUUAGUUCUAUUCAACAGCAGUCCUGAGAAGUUAAAUUCUAAUAUACCUGAGUCUGAGCGCAGACGAGCCGAACUCGAUGCAUUAGCUCGAAGGCUUCGAGGAAUUACAGCAUCUAUCUCAAGGUAUCCAACAUACAGGCGGCGUUUUGAAUAUCUUGUGAAGACCUUAUCUGAAGAUCUUGCCAAGAAGAAUGGUGACAGCAAAUCGAGCCAUGAACAAACAAUUCCAAGGUCCAGGAAUGGUUUUGCCCGGAUAUUUAGCCAGAAAUCUUUUAAAAGAAAAGGGAGCGACACUGGGUCUGAACUCACUGGAUCCGAUCAAGAGUCUAGGAUUGUGGAAAUUACAUGAUGAGAGAUAUCCAAUACGAUCCAAAAAGUUACUUGAUAUAUCCCAUUAAAGUGGGGAAAAAGAAAAGAAAGAGAGAAAGAAAGAAAGAAAGGAGGAACACUUAUCAUUUUAUGUUUUGAUUCUUGUUCCGGCCUCUUUAGAAAGGAGAGUACAUUUGAAUGAAUGUAGGAAAUGCAAAUGAAAUGUAGCUUUCACUGUGUAUAUAGGUUGUAAAAGUUACUGCUCAGAUAAUCCAUGAGAUUUUUACUCCAAUGCGUGAGCAGCCGCUGGACACUAUAGAAGCUUGAGAGAUGGAGCUAAACAUCAGAAGACUACAGGGAUGAGCUGAACAACUGGUGAAGAAAGCUGCUGAGUGCUAUGGACUGAAUGUGUUCUCUGCUAGGGUCUGCCUUUUAAUUUUUUUUUUCUCCUUUGGGUUGAGUGGAGUGCUUUGUAUGGCUGAUAGGGACCUUGACUACUGUGAAUCAGUUAAAAAAAAAAAAAUUGGAAGAAUGUUUUUUUUUAUUACUUUGUGUGAAUAGAAGUUGAUUGAAAACAUAAUAGGAUUUCUGUAUUUCUUGAAUUAUUUUGUACAAGUCAAUACAAACUAUUUAUAAUACAAUUUUUACUCUAAAUA